AACUUCAUAACUUAGUUUACUGCCGAACCAAUCGCCAGUCCCAUGUCGGAACAGGAGGACUCCAAGAUGCUGCCGCAAAUACUGAAGACCGUCCAAGAAAGCGGCCAAGAAGUGAUCACCACCGAACGUCUCCUGGAACGAAUUCGCCAGAACUCGUCCAAGCCGGACUGGGAGUUACAAUCGCAGUUCAAUCUGGCCCUGGCCGAAGGACAUCGCACCGGGCUGGUGUCGGUUCAGGGCGGUCGCGUCAAGCCACUGUUCAAGAUGGACCAGUCUCGUGAGCCGCGGAACUUCUCCGGCCAUCUGCUGCUGCUGACAAGCGAUAUUCAACCGCCAAUAGCUGGAAGCAGUCGCGGAGCUACGAUGGUGGACGCCGUGGAGAAUGACGGCGAUUCGAAGCAUGAGGAAGAUGAAGAAGAUGACGAUGAGGAAGAUGACGAACAAGAGGAAGCGGUGGAUUGUGAUUGCGUGGAACAUGCUCCGCGUACGAGGACGAGAAGCCAGCGAUCUUCCGGUGGUUCAACGCAUUGGCUGCGGCCGAGAAACUCCGACGUAACGUACGACGAAAUGAAGCUGAUUAGACAAGUUUUCAACCGUAAGGAACUGGGUCCGGAGUGGAACGCCAAGCGGCGGAUGACGGUACCGGGGACCACUCAAGCGGCCCGGAGUGCAAGGACACGCCGGUCAACGGCUAGAAUGCCAACCAGAUCCAAUAGCCGAGGACGACGCUCGUCGGCGGCCAGAAUACAGACGAGGUCUCGAUCAAGUCGUUCGCGGUCCCGAGCGCGGCUUUAGGGUUUACGCAUAGGCAAAUAUCAGAUAUGUUUCAAUUCUUUUGAGUCAAAAUUUUAAAUAAAUGCCAUUUUAUCAGCUAG